UGUGUUCUAUCAGAACCUGCGUCAGGGAAAUCGCAGUUGGCAUCCUGUCCGCGCUAUAGCGCCGUCCGUCAGUCCCCUAUCAUCGGCAGAAUCCCGGCCCCUCCUUCCGAGGGCGAUCAACACAAGGACUCGAUGGACAGCAGGUGGAGCAAUGGCGGCUUGUAUUACGCAGUGCAGCAAAACCCCGACGCCGAGUGCGAUAUUUCACACAAACUUCACGAAUCAUCCAGACAAUCUGUCAAAUUUCCAACCCGAAAUUCUAGUGACGACGCAGCAAUUGGUCUUGAUGAAGAAGAUGCGGACGAUUGUAAGUCAGAGGCUGAUGAUCCUCAAACCGACGUUGUGGAGGCUAGUGUGGUCGCUUGUCAGCCGAUGGCGUUGAGGCAUAAAACAGUUCCUGUUAAAAGUCGAGAGCAUUUAUUCACGCGGAAAAAUAGCUGGGAUAGAGUCUGUAGCAACCUAGAUUAUUUGAAAGUGAAAACUUGCAGAGAAAUGUCUUUGGACGGCGCACAAACCAAGUCUCAAUGCUACCUUAUAUCGCCCGACGAAAAGUUCCCCACGAGCUCUGAGCACAAGAUCUCUUGUGUUCCACUUGGUGGAGCGUCCGCCUCGGACGAAACUGAUGAACCCAACGUGAAGGUUAAAACGUCUCAUGGUUCCAUUUCUUCUUUCUUUGAACCUAAAGAAAUUGAUUUCAUUGAGAAAACUAAGUUUGAUGACUCCGCUGCUAUAAAUUCAAAGAAUCCAACAUGUCCUAGUCUUUCAAGUCCGUCCAAAACUGUUAGAAAUAAGUCAGGCUCGUCACGGGCGUCUCUAGACGAUGCUCCGUCGCUCAGUCGCCCAGUUUCAUUAAGGAAUUUUUCGUCCCAGAACUGCGCUUCCACUCGUCUCAGCUACAAAUCCUUCUCUGCUCUGGAGUCCAGUUCAGACUCCUGCACCCCAGGAUGCUCUUCUGACAGCGCCCCAGCCUCAUCCCCUAACCCCAAGCCUCGCGCUUCUUUCAAGCUCGUGCCAGACCUAGAAGUUCCAGACCCUGAUGAAGUCCAGAACAAAAACUUGCUGCAGCUCGCCGAGUCGUUCAUCAAGAACAACUCGCUCAUGAGGAAGCCUUGUAAAGAAUACCUCGACAGAGCUUCGUACCGACGAGCUAAGUUAGAGCAUCACCUGAGUUUGGUGUCGACGGUGCAGGGCAUCGACGUGUGUAGCCUGUCGUGUGCGAGUGUCGCAAGCUACCGCACCAUCAACGAGCAGAGCACCUUCGACCUACAGGACACUCCUCCUAAACCUGUUUCACGUUCCUCAGUGAGAAAAAGUCUAAAUUUUGAAAAUUUAAAAAACUCUUCUAAGAAGAACGUGUCGGCGACGUCUUCGCUUAGUAUAAAUGCGGGUGCUGGUAGCGUAGAGCUGUUCAGCUUAGAAGAUCUUUUGGAAAGCACAUGUGAAGGUGAUAAAACUGAUGUAGACAGCAAGUCCAAUUCACCUGUUCAGUUGAUUAAACCUUUAGGUGAUCCCAACAAGAGUUUUUCAUGCAAUGGUUUUAUCAACGAGUCUCCACGUAAGUCGGGUAACUCCCCUCGCAAAAGGACGACGGAGUUGGACUCAAACGGUUGGCAAACUUACAAUGCGUCCGAUUUAUCGACGGAAAAACCAGAUGACUCCUUAAAAGAAGAUGGCGCAGUGGGAUUUGUCGAAGCUCCUUUCACCAACGAAUGGGACGAUGCCCCAAGCCCGCUCUCCAAGACUUUCAACAAUUCUCCUAUGUGUAAAGAGACCAACGCAAAAAACACUUCAUCUACUAGCUUUGAAGAUGAUCCCGAGGCUAACUCCUUCACUUCUGGCAAAACUGGCAAGCCUAGCAAUCUUCUCUCUAGUUCACCGAUUAGAAAGCAGUCAUCUCUUCUUGCCACGGGAAACUCUUCCGACGUUCUGGACGACUACCAACCAUUUGACUGUGACGACCCGAUAAUCAGCGCAACUGAUAAAUCUUUCUCAACUCCUAAGAAGAGAGAUGCGAAUGCUUCUAUGUACGAAUCGUCUCCUCGCAGCGGCUUAAACGAUUUUUCUGGUUUCAAUAAAGGUUUGAACUUGUCUAAACACAGCCAAAAUUCCAAUGGAGGAAAAAACUCUGAUUUUAAGAAUAAUUCGUAUUCCAAUAACGAUUACUUGAAUGACGUUGUUUUCAGUAAACCAAGUUCUUACAAUGAUUACAAUACAGACUUGGAUUUAAUCACAUGUGAUGAAGAUGAGUGGCCUAAAUUAGGGAAUGAUGACGAUGUUUCGAAAACUGACUACGACGAUGACAAUUUUGGAAGUGUGGAUGCCGAGCCACGAUGUCGGGAGUUGUCGAUGUUCGACAAGGACGAUGUUGACACAGCAACGCAUCUGAAUACAUCCAAUUCCAGCAGCAAGUCUUCGCAAAAAAAUUCCCGCUCUUUUGUGCGUCCUUUUGCAACUCUUAGUGGGAUUUCCCCGACCUACAAGAAGAGAAAUUCGUUUAAAUUCGAUGAAGAUCCUCGUUUUGCCCCCAGCGAGCCACGACACAACAAGGAUUACGACAUGGAUUUCGACGGCGACGAUGUAGAUCAAACCAACUGUGGUGGGUACAAAAACAACAACAACUCUGGAUGUGUGUCCCAGAGCUACAGAAGAAGCAGACGGUUGCAUAGCGCCAAUAAUAGUCAAUACGAAGACCUCUUUGAGUUCGGGACUCGAGACGAGGAUCUCGAAGAUCCUUUCUCCACCUCAGAAGAUCAAACCAACUCGUCGGCACCGCAGAACGGUGACGCUACGCAACGUCCAGUCGACGAUGACGACGACGAAGGUCCGUCAUUUCAGCUGAACAAGCACAUCAAGUUGAGUAAAAAGGGCAUCAGUUUAGGGGCGAUGGGUUGCGAGCUCAGCAUCGGUCGCAACGUCGAGCUCAACAUUUUCGGCAAGAAAACUGCGACUCUUGUGUGAUCGCUGCCUCGGGACUCGACGGAGGUUACACUCUUCUUCUUGUAGGGUGUUUAAAGCAGUCUAUGUUAUAGAAUCACACGUUACGGAAAUUGUGAUUGAUAUAUACGGGUCUAAAAGGCGUGUCACGCGCGUACCUAUAUUACGGCAUUAAAUGUGAGUUGGCUUGACUCAAGCGGGAAACUAUGACCCUAGACCCUAGUAAUUAUGAACCUAAGUGGAUAUUUCCUAUCUAUCAUAUAAUGCAGCACAAAACAUAAGAAAAUAUACUUGUCUGCAGGUUUAAUGACGAUAUCUAUUUUACUUAUAGUCAAGUAAUUGCUUUUAUAUGUAAGUUUUAAUAAUAGAAUAGUCAGCCUCGCCUUGUAGACUAAAAUGAACUAGCACAGCUUCGAUGCCUUCUUAUUUGCCGCUCCAGAACAAGUUAGGGUUCUUAUAGUGUACCUAAGAUCCCGCCGUAUAACACCUUGGUGAUUUGCUCUAGAAAAACUUAAGGUUUUCCUCAUAGUGUACCAUAUAAGGUCCCAGUGUAGAACAAAAUAGUUUACUUUCGCUGUAGUACACCUUGUUGCCCUGCUCUAGAACAACUUUAGGGUUGGUGCCUCUAAUAGUAUACCUAAGGUCCCACUCUAGAACACAUUGGUGCUCUGCCAUAGAACACAUUACAGGCCAUCCCUAGAACACCUUAAUAUCCUGCUCUAGAACACUUUAAUACCCUGCUCUAGAACACCUUAAUACCCUGCUCUAGAAUAUCUUUAUACUCUGCUCUUGAUCACCUUUAAUAUCCUGCUCUAGAACACCUUUAUACACUCCCCUAGUACACUUCAAUUCCCAGCUAUAUCCCACUAUAUAUUUUGAUGCUGCAGAUGCUAAGUCUGCCGCUAUGAAUAGAGUGGUCAGUGGUUGGCAUUCUAUUGUAAUAGUUAUUGCUAUGUCUUGAAGGCCAUGCAAAUAAGUGUACCCGUCGAAAAGAUGAAUUGCGUAGACCUGCAUUUUAAAUUCUUCAUAAGAUGUCGUUAACUUAAAAUUUUUGUAUGGCCGAGUUACGCCCGGAUCACGACUGGUUUUGUGUACUAUUUCCUUUUCACGGAGCAGCCAUUCAUGUAUUGGCCAUGCUCAUGCGUUGGUUGAUUGUUUGUUGCCUGUGUAUGAACGACGGUGGUACGGACGGCUCUCGAAAUAUUAAGCCACGUUCCAUGUAUAGCUCAAAAUUAUGGGCAGCUCGAGUGUUUAUGUAGUUAUUCUCACGGGAAUAAUCAAGUUUACUUCGUAGAUUGAUGCAUGAAAGCCUUGGCCGACAAGCAAAUGUAGUUUGUAAUCAUCUUUUGUCUGCCAGUGCUUGCGGUUGAAAGUCGAUUCCGCAUUUUCGACGACCUCGAUACUCGCUGGUAGCGAGGGUUCGUUCUUCAGUCAAUGUCGUCGGAAUAUUUUUUAAGAAAUCAUUAGACUAUUAAUCAUUUCCCAACUAUCAUUUAUUAAUAACGAGACCAUAACGAUGAUCGUCAACCCGUGGCCGCUAAUCGCUCGCUGUACAAUAAUCUAUGUUUUCUUUAAGUUAUCCAAUUAAACUUCCUAAAAAACGUUAAAAUUGUUCUGAGCACAGAUUACUGUCUAGCUAAAUUUAAUUAGUAAGCAUAGAACAAUGGAUAUCAAAGAGCUUUAUUCUUUCUUCCCCCCCCCCCCUCAGAGAAAAGUAAAAGAUAAUUUACCUCCUAUUUUGGAACCGCUUAUACAAAGAAACGCUCUAUUAGUACAAUUAAAACUGCCCUGGGAACGUCAACUCCCGCCACCUACAAUCUAUGUGCCGCAACAAAAUGUAUCUUUUAAAGAACAAGUGGGGAGUGUUCAACGCUAACUGCUGAAAGAAGUCCGCAGCUCUCUUUUAACAUCGAUAGUCCACUGAUUCCUCCUGGAAAAAGGCCGAGUUUGUCAUUAAAAGAUGGCGUCGCUCCAAUGCUGGGAUAAGUCGUGAUGAAAAAUGUGGUUCAUGGUUGUUGUGCGUUGCCGAGAGGUAAAUUCCUAACAAUACUGCUUUAUAGCCCUGAUGCUCUAGAGCAGUAAACCCAGUUCUGAUGCUCUACAAUUUACACACUUCUUCGUCUCUAGAGCCGCUCUUUUUGAUGAUCUAGAAUGGCCUCAGUUCUCGUGCUCUAGAGCCGCACUGGCUGACAAGAGACGAAUUGGUCUACCGGACGCGUACGCUAGUAUAGAGUUUAGCCCUAGAACGCUCAAACUUGUUUGUAGUCUAGUUUUAAAUUAUUUUCUCUGAAGAAUGUACAAUUACUAUUAUUUUAUGAGCAGCUUUUAUCAAGUUGCGAUCUCGAGACGAGGUUAAUAUUGGCCAGCUUUUGGUCAGUCAAACGGCAGGGAGCAAGGAAGAACAGGCGCUCGCAUGCGACCAGUAGACAAGUUUAGUGUGGCUGCUGCGACACUUGUCGCAUUGAUGCUUCAAUUUGUUACUAUUACUUACUGUUUGUAUUGAGGGGUUACUGUUUGUGUUGACGGGUUACUGUUUGUAUUGACGGGUUACUGUUUAUAUUGACGGGUUACUCUCUGUAUUGUCGGGUUACUGUUUGUAUCUUCGGGCUAAUAUUUCAAGUGGAAAUUGCGCGUAAAUUCCUACUCUUUUCAUUUAGCUACCUAGUACUGUUUAUUGCUGAAAAAUAUUUGCAUAGCUUAGUAUGGUAAUUAACUGCGGUCCGUUGCAUUGCAAAGUUAGUCGGUGUCUUUUUAACGUCGGUACUCCAGCAACUAGUGAAUGCCUACCAUAAAACAUGAACAACUGGACAACCUGCUUGUUGGUAUUUGAUACCUAAUAUUUUGACAUUAAAGUACUUCACGGCUCUAUAGCUCUUAUGGCUGCUGGUAGUUAUGUUGGGAGCUGAUGUCAGAGUCUAUAUUCUUACGGUCAUAGUCUAUUGGACAUUAUUCCCCCACGCUGCCAGGUUCGUGAGUAAAAGUCAUGCUCGCUUUUGAUGUUCGGGAACGCAUGUGAUGUUACAACGCUUUGCUCAAAUUCACUUUAAUGAUUCCUCAUGUUGAUGCCUUCCCUCUUAUCAAAAGUAAUAGUGAAUAAAAUGUGUGCGACAGUACCAGCCGUUAAGUAGUUACACAUUCAAGUGCGAUUCUGAAUUUUCAUUGUAAGUUUUCAGCGUAGUUAUGAGCGGUCAUUAUUUGUCCCAGCGCUAUCAUGUCUGUGAAUUCCAGCGAAAUGCAGGGAAGUUAAGGUCUUAAUGAAGCAUCUCUGUACUUAAUAUUGCCACUCAAGUCAGGUUCAAGUUUUCCUUAUAUCUUGUAGGGUAAAAGUUACAAAAUUGUGUUGAAUAUUUUCUAUAUUAUUCUCAAUAUUCAAUCGAUCUCUACUGUAAUUUCAAUUUUAGUUCUGAAUGUAUAUGUCUGGUAUUAGUUUCCUUAAAAAUAGUUCCACUUACAUUAUAAAAUCUCAAAGGACGGGCCUCACUGCCGGUUUUUUUUUUCUUUUUGCGUGCCAUGGCGCUUAUGUUUCCUAAUUUAAUAUUAAUUUUGUUGUCUGGACGACCCGACACCUCGACACUACGUCGUCGGACAAAACCUUGAACUCUUCAGCUGACCAUCGCCAUCCCAAAUAAUACCAUAUUUUUCGUGUUCAAAAAUAAUUGUGGUCCAAUUAUGUUAGGAUGUGAACUGUUAUCUUACUUUAAUUGUAUAUUCAUUCUACAGUGGAAUAUCUUAGCAUUUAUUGGGUAAAUAUUGAUUCAUUUCUCAAUGACAUCUACAGUAAAUUAUAAUAAUAGGUAAUACCUUAAUUGCAUCUGUUGAGGAUUAUAUCAGUAUAAGAAAGGAAUGAUGAUUAACAUAUAUUAAUUAACCUGAUCUACAGGACAUCGUCGCAGUAAUAAUGGAGAUAGUAAUUAGCAUGUUAACGGAUCCCUUGACAUUAACUGGCUGACCGAACACACUUAGAACUUAAUUCUGAACCUAAUGAAUGGUUUGAAGGUAUAUGUGUGAGGGCUUUUGCAAUGGACUGAGGGUUUCGCGUCAUUUUAAUUGCAUGUUCAAUAAUGUGAGGUGAUGCAAGUCUAUCUGCAAUGUGAGGUUAUGUGCAACAUUCUAGCGGAAUUUGCCACGUAGUAAGGGCAGCGGAAUACUAUACUAUGGCAAAGCUUCAGUUUGGCCUGAGACUGCGACCUACGUGCAAAACACAGCCAGGGUAAUUACAUUAAUUUCAGGCUACCUUGAAUGUGAGGGUAUGUACAUUGUGGCGGAUUUAACAACUCCGUGUUUUUUUUUUCAUUUUGAACGCCUGCCUAUUGUUGCCGGCGGUGGACGUUACCAUGUUUGUUAAACUCGCCGCAUGUCCACGCAAAUCAGAAUCACGUGUAUCACCUGAGCAAAUUGUUUGAAUAUGUAAUUGAAUAAAUUGUAUAAUAUGGUGAAA